AUGGACUUCUCAGACAAAGAUACCAAGGAAACCCCUUACGCCGAAUGCGUAAAGUAUGAUUCAUCAGAUCUUGGAGAUGUUAAAGAUCAAGCAACUAGUUCCAAAGAUACGACUAUCACCCCCUUGAAUCGUAUGUGGUCAAGUGUGAAAAACUCUGUCAUCAACACUCUUCAUUCCUCACCUUCUGAUCUAGACCAACCUCACAAAGAGCAAGAAGACGGAUUACUCACAUUGAUCAGAAUGCGAACGGGUUACGAAGAGAGUGAAAGAGAGACUAUAGCUAGAUUCGGGACUAAAAAAGUCCUUUCAAGGGGUAAUUGCACCUACGUCAGAUCUCUAGGUCCCUCGACAAUUGGUCUCCCUCAAAGUGUGAUUAGUCUAUUCAACAAGCCUCCUCAAACAUCCAAUCAACUUGGAACUGAAUUACCAGAAGAUGUAUUAUCACCUCUUUUUGAACUACAUCACUUCCAACACGGAUCAAUCCCACAAUCAAAUUGGAGUGACUUAGAAGGAUCCGUCAAACCUAAUGAAUAUAUCAGGGCGGAGUAUCAAAAAGAUUUAGAACUUUUGUCGGUUGAUCAUAAUACCCUAUGGCCAGGAGGAUAUGAUACCGCUGUCAGACCUUUGGUCAAAGGGGAUAUUGAUGCAAUUUCUAAAGCUUUAUCUAAAUCCUUUUCUGAUUUUGGAGAGAAUGAGAUAACGAGUUUUGAUACUCGAGUUUGUACACCUGAUGUGGUUCAGGAUCUCAAUGAUUGGGGUAAGGCGUUGGAGGCUCUGGUUGUAGUAACCGUAUAG